AUGUUGCUAAGCAUGGAUGUCAUGAAGGUGCGGGAUUGGACCUAUCUUGAGGACCCCCCUCAAGACAUUGGCCCAGCUCGACAUCUUCUUGAAGUUUACAGCAAGAUUCCUUACAACGAUUUAGAUGGCCACAUACGCCGCGUCCGAGAGAAGGCCUGGUGUAUCUCCCAGUACCCUUGCGUUGGGCGAUGGAAAUUUCUCUACAUCCCGGACCCCAAAGAUCCUCGUUACCAACAAGCUCUUUUCCGCCUCAACGUCGCCGGCUCUAGAGAUGUCCUUCUUGAUCUGGGAUGUGGGGUUGGACAAGUAAUUCGGCAGUUUCGUGCAGAUGGAGUUGACGGCGCUCAACUCAUUGGCACCGACCUGCAGUCCAAGUUCAUCGAUGUUGGCUACGAUUUGUUUCAGGACAGGCACUCCCUCAACGCAACAUUUGUUGCGGGCGACAUGCUCGAUCCCGCCGACAAGGAGAUGGCCUUGUUGCGCGGCAAGAUCACCAUGGUUCAUGCAGGCAGCUUCUUUCACCUCUUCAACUGGGUUCAACAACUUUACAUUGGCAAGCGUGUCGUCGAAUUCCUUAAGCCCGGCACCAAAAACGCGCUGAUAUAUGGUCGCCAGGUCGGCACGAACCACCCAGGGCCGUCUUCGACUAGUACGCGAUCAGCUUAUUUACACGACCAAUCGAGUUUCCAGCGACUAUGGGACGAAGUCGGAGCCCUCACCAAGACACGAUGGCAGGUACAGGUCGAACCUACUGGAGAGCCUGUCUCCAAAGUCCCUGGUUUCAGCAAUCACGCAUUCCCCGUCAAUUUCACCGUCUACCAAGUUUCAUGA